UUAGUAUUUUAUAACAGUUUCUCAUUUAUAAAUAUAAUCACAUUUUCUUUCACUCCAUCAACCUACCUCACUCCAACACCAACUUUUUUCACACCUCCGGCCGGCGACCUAACUGCCACCAGCCCUCCAAAACUCACCUCUCUCUCUCUCUCAUUCUCUCCGCUUAAUUACCAUAUUACCCACCGACAUGAUCGCACUCUUUCUAAUUUUAGCCUCAUCCAUUCUAAUCCCUUCCACCUUGGUUUUAUCUCAAACGCUGCCAGCUCCAUAUUCCGGCGCGCGUAAUGGCGAGUGGGAGCUUUUGCAUGCAUCCGUCGGCAUAUCUGCCAUGCACAUGCAACUCCUCUACAACAACAAAGUCAUCAUGUUUGACCGGACCGACUUCGGCCCAUCUAACCUCUCACUACCCGACCGCCGGUGCCGGAAUGACGCCGCCGAUAAUGCACUGAAGGUCGAUUGCACCGCUCACUCUAUCCUAUACGAUAUCGGCACCAAUACUUUCCGAGCUCUUACCAUACAAACUGACACGUGGUGCUCUUCGGGAGCUGUUCUUCCCGACGGAACUCUCAUCCAAACCGGCGGCUACAACGACGGCGACCACAUUAUUCGCUCCUUCACCCCAUGCAUGGACGAAAACUGUGAUUGGAUUGAGUUUCCAAAACACUUAACCAAUCGGAGAUGGUAUGCGAGUAAUCAAAUACUGCCGGAUGGUCGGGUAAUCAUUGUCGGAGGGAGACGACAAUUCAACUAUGAAUUUUACUCUCAAAUCCAAGAAGAUUUUACUUCAUCAUCCCCGGGAAGUACUUUCUGGCUUAACUUUCUACUCGAAACCGUGGAUCAAAGUGAAAACAAUUUGUACCCAUUUUUACACCUUUUGCCAGACGGAAACUUGUUCAUUUUCGCUAAUACACGAUCGAUAUUAUUCGAUUACAACCAGAACCGCGUGGUGAAAGAGUUUCCUCGCAUCCCCGGUGACGACCCACGUAACUAUCCGAGCUCAGGCUCGUCAGUCUUGCUCCCUCUCGACGAAAAUUAUGGUAAUGUUGUAGCUGAAAUAAUGGUGUGUGGCGGUGCACCACGAUCUGGGUUCUUGCAGGCAGCGGAAUUUGGGAGCUUCUUACGCACGCUUUCCACAUGCGGCAGAUUGAAAGUCAGCGAUGAAAACCCUAAUUGGGUCAUGGAAGACAUGCCAAUAGCGCGAGUGAUGGGUGACAUGUUGCUUCUUCCCAACGGAGACAUCAUUAUAAUCAACGGCGCAGGACGUGGAACGGCUGGAUGGGAAAAUAGUCAGGACCCUGUGAGAGCACCAGUCAUCUAUUGCCCUUCUGCGGCCUCCGACCAGCGCUUCUCAGUCAUGUCGGCCUCGCCAAAGCCAAGACUAUACCAUUCCUCAGCCGUUUUACUACCCGAUGGACGAGUUUUGGUUGGAGGUAGUAAUCCUCAUAUACUUUACAACUUUACUGGUGUCGAGUUCCCGACUGAUCUAAGCCUAGAGGCCUUUUCGCCGCCCUAUUUAACAGCGGGCUACAGCCUGAUUCGGCCGGUAAUUCUAUCACUAAACGAGGUUGUAAGGCACAAGGAAUUUUUCACAGUGACGUUCACCAUACCAGAGUAUUUGACGGUGAAGGUUAUUUCUGUGAGGAUCAUUGCUCCUUCCUUUACAACACAUGCAUUCUCCAUGAAUCAGAGGAUGGUGGUGCUGAAGUUGAUUGCAGUUUCACGCUUGACAAAAUGUACCUACAAUGCAACCGUGGUGGGGCCAUCGACGGCUGAGAUUGCGCCACCGGGGUACUAUAUGUUGUUCGUGGUGCAUGCUGGUGUACCAAGUUCAACAGGUAUGUGGGUAAAGGUGCAGUGAUUGGGUUGGUGAACUGCUUAAUUAAUUGUAAAUGCUAAUUAGGGUCGUUGUUGCUAA